CCAACUGAUACGUCUCUCUCUCAAGAGCUUGAUAAUUUCCGCUUUGCGUGGUUGCAGCUCACACAUUCAUUUAUUUCUUUCUUCAACACUCGUUUUCAAAAUGCCGUCACUCACUACAUUGCUAUCUAUCGUGCUCGCGCUUAAUCCCUUUUUUCUAACCACAGCCUUUCCAACCAACCACGAAGCUCCUUCAUCCAGCUUCCUGGAAACUCGACAGCCCGUUGCGUUACCCGCAGACCCAAGGAUUGGAGAUGUGCUGAUACUCCGGCACGACCAAAUACUUCGAAAGCGUGGAUUCGAUGAUGACAACAACUCCUCCUCUUUCGAGGCCUUUGCUUUCGACCCCCGAUUUUACUCCCACACCAAGCGGGCAGUCGAAGAAUCACGCUUCGACUCCAUAGUAAAACAUGCUCAUGCCAGUCUUCACAAAAUCCUCCCUAACCAACUCUUCAAACGCGCCACCCCCCCGGACUGGGACGAAGAAGACGCCUUCAAAUGCGGCGACACAAAAGUCAUGCUAAACGAAGCCGUCAACCCCGAGAGCGGCGCCUCAGGGUCCGUGUACCAAGGCGUAACCAAAGACGGCGUGAAAGUCGCUCUCAAGAUGUCUCAAAACAAGGGCGUCAUCGACAAAGAGUACGCCAUCAUGACCACAAUCGGGAAGCAGGACCACAUCGUGCAAGCCCUCGCCAAAUGCGAGUACGGGCUCAACUACGUCAUCAUGAUGGAGCUUGCGGAGCUCGGCACGCUGCAGCCUCGCAUCGUGGCCCAGACGUAUGUGGGCAAUGAGGUGCUGGUCAAAGCGGUCAUGGAUCAGAUCUUUGAUGCGGUGGCGUACUUUAACGAUAAGGGCAUCGCGCACAACGACCUAAAGGAUGGCAACGUCAUGUUCAAUGCAGGCGAGGUGGUCAAGGUCAUCGACUUCGGCGAGGCUACGACGGAUAAAGUCGUCUCGAAAAUCGACGUCGCGGGCGGGAUCAGGGGACCUGAGGCCGAAACCGGCUCCACCCUCGAAAUCGACCCCAUCUCCAACGACGAGUGGGAGGUUGCCGUCCUCAUGGUCUCCAUGAUGAUCGGCAAGAAGCCCUGGACGUCCGCCGCCGCUGCGAACGCGCGAGCCAUCUGGGAGACGCCGGCGAACCCGAGCCUCCGCGCUGCGGCGUGCAAGAAAGAGUGGCCGGACUUCUCGGACGACUUCUGCGCGGUCCUGGCGGAUGUGCUGGCGCCGCAGCUUAGUCGCAAGAAGCUCGAUGUGUUUAGGACGAAGGUUGCGAAUCCGAAUCUGAAGCUUUUCGAUGAUUGUAAUAAGAAGACGAAGACGUCGAAGCGAGAUACGGAGGCGGGGGAGAUGCUGGUUGUGGCGGUUGAUGAGCGCGCGGAGGAGUGGGUUGUGCGGGCAGUGGUGUAUUAGGAUCAUUGCUUGGUGUUGGACUUUACUUCGAUGCACGAAUAUGUAAUAGACUGGUCAUCGAACGGUGGGAGUGAGUCCUACAUUUCAUAGUCAAUGUGAGCGCUACCCUCAACGUGUCGAUAAAAGGUUUGACUCGGUAUCUCUGAGGUGACCUGGCAGGCUUGAUGACUGUUCACAGCGAUGAACUCUUGAACUCGCCCGGAUUUCUGAAAAUAUCCCGAAGCACCGCAAGUAGAAGCAAGAGAGAGUCAGCGGGCCUAUGCUGAGGCAUCAUACAAAAAACUUCUUCCACCCUCUCCUACCGUCUGCCACCUGUUCCGCUGCCUCCUACACCUUCCGCU